AUGGCGGCUGCACCCGUCAGGCAGCGCUCCGGGCCAGGGGGACCCCGGGCGCAGCUCCCGCCCUGCUACUACGAAGGAUACCUGGAGAAGCGAGGACCGAAGGAAAAGGCGUCCAGGCGACUGUGGACCUGCCUGUGUGGGAAUUCUUUGUAUUUCUUCAAUAAUGCCAAGGAUGCUCAUUAUGUGGAGAAGCUGGACCUCGGUGGGUUUGUGUCCCUGAAGGACGACUACAGCCGGGACAGAAACCUGGAGGCAGCCAGACUCAUCCUGCGCAUGAAAGAUGGAGAGACAAAACUCACAGCACCUAACUUGGAGUCCAGGGAGCUGUGGAAAGGUUUCCUGUACUCUGUCAUAGAUCUGAAUGUCCCGUCCUGUCUCACGCUGCUGCCCGGCCAGCUGCAGAUGCUGAAGGAGGUGGUGGACAAAGAGAGGUCCAGGCGGAGAACUCGCACUCCCACGCGUGCUCCUCCCUCGCCCCUCUCUGUGCCUUUAGUGGGAGAGAUCCCACCGUGCUUUCGCCCGGUGUCUCGAACAGAGGCUGAAGUCCUCCUGGAGAGACACCCAGACUGCGGCAACAUGUUGCUCCGUCCGGGCAGAGACGGGUGCUCACUGGCUGUCACUACUCGGCAGGACCUCAAUGGGUCGGUGUUCAGACAUUACCGUGUUACUCAGAGGGACCAGGGUGGUUAUGUUAUUGAUGUAGAAAAUCCGAUCCCCUGUGCUGACCUUCACGAGGUCAUCGACGCUCUGGUAGAGAAGACAGCAGGAACUCUGCAGCCUUUCCUCCUGGAGGAGCCUUACGAGGAGAACAUCACAUAUGUGUCCGCCAAUGAUGAGAAUGGGGAAAGGAUCCUCCACACUGCCCCCUCCAGCCCCCUGCCAAAGGCUCCCGCCCUGCCUCCAAAACAAGAUCGUUGGCCCAGCAGCCCCCUGUCCAGGUCUCCUGCCCCUGACCGCCGCAUCCUAACCUCGCCUGUGCCGGCCUCGCCCACCAACCCGAUGAGACGGCUCAUCCUCUCCCCUUCACCUCUCACACAGACACUCAACGAGGAGCUGAAAAUGAAGCUGGAGAAAAGACGAGCCAGUCAGGAGUGA